AUGGAGUCAUCACCGCUCGCUGUGAUGCAGCCACCGCCCUCGCCUGGCACUUGGGGAUACAGACGCGACCUUGCGUCGACACGGCCUCGCUUCAACCUUGGGGCCAACAACUUCAAUUUCAAGGACCUGAGCAUGAAGAAGGGCGGGUCCGACUACUUCGCGUCCAAGGCUGCAAGGGCCUCAUCGCCGACCGUCAGUCUUGCUGCCGACCUGGCCCAGAAUUUUACCAUCGACCAGAGUCCCCAAUUGCCGACGCCCCGCCGGUCGCUGUUCACGACAAACAUUUUCCAGAGGGCAGAACAGAAGAAGGAAGGUGCCACUACGCCCGACAUCUGGCGGGAAGGAAUGACCACUCCCCCGAUCCCGUCGUCUUCCCCAGGGUACGGUAACGACGGCAUGGACAUCUCGCCUCUGCCACACAAAGCCCCUUGCGGCUUCAUCAACCGCGGCUCCGUGCAAUCACCCACGCCUGAAGUGGCAGAAAAUGGCAUGGACCUCUCGUGCUCGCCCCCGUCUAACCCUCUGCUGGACAGUCCUAUGCCCCCGCCUGACCGCAAGAAGCCCUCGUUCCCUCUCCGUCCGAGUUUGUCGCGUGCCAAGACCCUGUCUUCGAAUGCCGCUGCCCAGCACUCCAAAGAGAACGUUGUCCCGUUUCAUUUCAACACCAGCCACAACAACUCUGAGACGGACUUGAGCUUGUGCUUCAAGGCUUCGCCUGUACAGGACCGAAAGAUCCACUUUCACUUGCAGGGACUGCCUCGCUCCCGCCACGCUAACGUCUCUAACAUGUUCAAUCGCUGCAAUGGUUCUCCGGUGCCCGGUGUUCGGAAGACAGCCCCUCCGGUACGGCCCAGGAAGCAAUUCCGACGAACAAUGAGCAUGUUUGAGAGCCCUGGCGAUGUCAUGAACAAUGAGAGUGAGCGUGUGUCUAGCGCGCUGGGACCCAUUAUGGAUGUUGAUGAAACACCGCAACUGAGCCUGCCGACAUUGCCCAGCACUGGCGAACCUAACAGCUUGCCGAGAAUUGCUAGCAAAACCCUGGCGGACGUGCUCGAUGGAAAGUACAGUCGUUCCUUCGAGGAGACAAUGAUCAUUGACUGCCGUUUCGAGUACGAGUAUGAGGGUGGUCACAUUGAUGGCGCGGUGAACCACUGUGAGCGCGAGGCACUUGCAGAUAGGCUGUUCGACCCCUACACUGACCGCUCCUCGCAAAAGAAGACGCUGCUCGUCUUCCACUGCGAGUACUCGGAGCUGCGUGCUCCUCGAAUGGCUGAGUUCAUCCGGAGUCGCGAUCGUGCUGUCAAUGAAGACAAUUAUCCCAGACUGACCUACCCGGAAGUGUACAUCCUGCACGGAGGCUACUCCUCCUUCUAUGACUCGUACAAACAACGCUGCUUCCCCCAGAACUACCUGCGCAUGGAGUCGGAAGAACAUGAGCGGGCCUGCGAGGCAGGGUUACAUAAGCUUAAACAACGUGCCAAGUUGGGUCGCGCUCAGACGUUUGCCUUUGGCCAGGGUUGCGACAUGGAAGACAGCCCCACCGCUCCCAGCAGAUCGAAAUCAACAGGUUCUGCGUUGGAAGUCAUGCAUGACCUGAACAUGGGCACUCGCGUGCGAACACACCGAAUGGCCUCCUACUAA